CGCACUCAUCUUCCUCUCUCCAUCCCUCUUUCGUAUGUUGCAUGUUAAUAUAGGACCUUCGUCUUGUAUUUUCUCGCGUCGCAGGAAAUAGUCUUCAGAUUUCGUCAUUUCACCGUCUCAAGCUUCUCAAAUCACAUCUUACAUCAGGAUCUCUCACCAAUUUUGAAUCUUUCUUUUAAACUCGAUUAUAAUUUUAUUGUUUAAAUUAGAUCUUUGAGAUAUUGAACAAAAAACCCUAACGUAAUUUUGUGCAACUUGUAAGAUCCGGUGAAGAUCAGAUCCCUGAAGUAUCGGUUUUGAAUUCGAUGGUUUUUGUAGAAUUUUUAAAAAGAUUUUAAUAUAUGGUCGUUGCUGGAUCGAAUUGUUUUGACUGGAUUAAUUGUGAGGGGAUUGAAGAAACCCUAGGUGAGAUGGGGAAGGAGGUCGAAGAUGUGGAAGAAGGUGAGAUUUCUGACACAGCUUCGGUGGAGGAGAUCACAGAGGAAGAUUUCAAAAAGCAGGAGAGUGCUACUGCAACAAAUACUGUCUCGUCGAAACCAAAAGCCGGGACUGGGGCUUGGGCGAUACAGAAGCUGUGUCAGUACCAGGUUUCUUGCGGUUAUGCUUCGAGCUUGUAUAAUCUAGCGUGGGCACAGGCCGUGCAGAAUAAACCUCUGAAUGAGAUUUUCGUGAUGGAGGCGGAGGUUGACCCCGCCGAGAAAUCGAAACAAUCCUCUGCUCUUUUAAAUUCCAACUCAAAGGGAAUUGAUGAAAUGGUGAUUGACGAUGACAAUGGGGACGACAUGGAUGUGAAGGUUGUCGAUGUGGAUAAGGAGGAAGGGGAAUUGGAGGAGGGUGAGAUUGAUUUGGAUUCGGAGCCGGUAGAUAAGGGGGCCGAGACUGACGUAGUUAAAGACGAAGCGUUUAUGUGUAAUGAGACUGUAAACGUUGAGAAUUCAGAGAUUGUUUCGGACAGGCGAGUGACUUCGAUUUUGGAAGCUCUGGAGAGUGUGACAGUGAUGGAGGCAGAGAAAUCAUUUGGAGAAGUUUGCUCCCGAAUGCACAAAACUUUGGAGAGCUUGAAGAAAGUGUUUUCUGAAAAUCAUCUUCCCCUCAAGGAUGCUCUUCUUCAAUUGUCGUUCACUGCGAUUCAAGCAGUCAAUUCUGUUUUCUGCUCCAUGAACAAUGAUCAAAAGGAACAGAAUAAAGACAAUUGGUUGAGGUUAAUUUCUUAUGUCAAGAACUUUAAUCCCCCUCUUUUUUCCUCUGAGCAGAUGAAAGAGAUCGAGGUCAUAAAGCCCUUUGUGGAUUCUGUGGAUCUAUUGCUGAGUUCUACAGAUAGUGUUAAACAUGAUGAAAUAAUAGCAAUUGAUGGGGCUAAUAAUAAGGAUUCUGAUGCUUCAGCCAAAAGUGAUGCUUUUGAAUUGACUUCUUCUAAUAAGUUAUCUUCAGAUUCUGUGGCUGCUGGAUCCUUGGUUCAUAGUAACCUAAAUAUUCGAUCUGAAGUUUUGAGACCAGGUAUUUCUAGCUUUAAGAGUAGAGGAGCUUUACUCCCGUUGUUAGACCUUCACAAGGAUCACGAUGCAGACAGUCUCCCAUCGCCCACACGAGAAGCGCCAUCGUGCUUCCCUGUGCACAAAGUAAUGACUGUUGGAGAAGGUAUGGCUAACCCAUUGUUGCCCACAGCUAAGGUGGCGCAUGACACUGAAGAUCCUAAAUUGCAUAUUUAUGAAACUGAUGCUCUCAAAGCUUUUUCUACUUAUCAACAAAAAUUUGGGCGAAAUUCCUUCUUUACAAGUGAUAGACUUCCCAGCCCAACCCCUUCAGGAGAAUGUGAUGAUGGGGAUGGUGACACUGGUGGGGAGGUUUCCAGUUUUUCCAGUAGCAGUAAUUUAAGAAAUGUUAAUCCACCCAUUCUUGGACAACCUGUUACUCCCUCCAUGAACAGUUCCAGCAUGCAAGGACUGAUCACUACUAAGAACGCUACAACUACAUCCUCUGGCUCUAAUAUCGUAUCGAAAGCUUUGGCAAAGAGCAGAGACCCAAGGCUUCGGUUAGCCAAUUAUGAUGUGAGUGCUUUAGAUCUUAACCAACGCCCCUUAUCUUUGGUGCACAACACACCCAAAGUGGAGCCUUUUGGAACAAUUAGCUCAAGAAAGCAAAAAACUGUUGAGGAGCCUACUUUGGAAGGUCAUGCAUUGAAAAGGCAAAGGAAUGGCUUGGAAAAUUCUGGAGUUGUUAAGGAUGUGAAAAAUGUGUCUGUUAGUGGUGGCUGGUUGGAUGACACCGGUACAGUUGGACCUCAGUUAAUGAACAGAAACCAUGUUGUGGAGAAAGCAGAAGCUGAUCCCAGAAAAAUAGCUGAGGUUGUAAGUUGUUCAACCUCUAGUUGUGCCAAUGCCAAUGAAACAAUUAGUGGAAAUGACAACGUGUUGGGGACAGGUACCAGCACCACAGCUUCUUUGCCUGCUUUAUUGAAAGAUAUUGCUGUGAAUCCAACCAUGCUGCUAAAUAUACUUAAGAUGGGGGGACAACAGAGAUUAGCAGUAGAUGCCUUGCAAAACUCUGCUGAUCCUGCAAAAAUUACGACACUACCUGCAUGCUCAACCUCAAUACUGGGAGCAGCUCCCUUUGUGAAUGUUGCUCCAUCAAAGGCCUCAGGGCUUUUGCAGAAACCAACAGGAACACUACAGGUCCCUUCACUGGUAGAUCCUAUGUGCCUGCAGGAAGAGACAGGUAAAAUUCGCAUGAAACCCCGUGACCCUCGCCGUAUCCUCCAUGGCAAUUCACUUCACAAGCAUCCAAGCUCGGGACAUGAGCAUAUCAAAAUUAUUGUGCCUCCUACAUCAAGCACCCAGGGAAGUAAGGACAAUCUGAAUGCCCAAAAGCAAGAGGGUGAGGCAGAUGCAAAGUCAGUGCAUUCACAAUUGGUUGCACCACCUGACAUUGCUCGGCAGUUCACAAAGAAUCUGAAAAAUAUUGCUGAUAUUAUUUCUGUUUCUCAAGCAUCAACAACUCCAAUAAUUUCUCAGAAUAUGUCUUCUGAAACAGUACAAGUUAAGUCAGACAAAGCAGAUGUGAAAGUUGUAGCUUCAAAUUCUGAGGACCAGCGGUCUUCGACAAGUACAGCACUUGAAGUAGGUGCAGCAAUUGCUUCUCGAUCAGAAAACGUGUGGGGGGAUGUUGAGCAUUUAUUUGAAGGAUAUGAUGACCAGCAAAAAGCUGCCAUUCAGAGAGAGAGGGCAAGGAGGAUAGAAGAACAGAAGAAAAUGUUUGCUGCACACAAGCUCUGCCUUGUCUUAGAUCUGGAUCACACACUUCUCAAUUCAGCAAAGUUUGUGGAAGUAGAUCCUGUUCAUGAUGAGAUAUUGAGAAAAAAAGAGGAACAAGAUCGUGAAAAACCGCAGAGGCACCUCUUCCGCUUUCCGCACAUGGGAAUGUGGACCAAACUACGACCUGGUAUUUGGACUUUUUUGGAGAAGGCUAGCAAGCUUUUUGAGCUGCAUCUGUACACCAUGGGGAACAAGCUGUAUGCUACGGAGAUGGCAAAAGUGCUUGAUCCAAAAGGGGUUCUGUUUGCUGGACGAGUUAUCUCUAGGGGUGAUGAUGGGGAUCCUAUUGAUGGUGACGAGAGGGUUCCAAAGAGUAAGGAUCUGGAAGGGGUUCUGGGUAUGGAAUCAGCUGUUGUAAUUAUAGAUGAUUCUGUGAGGGUUUGGCCGCAUAACAAACUGAACUUGAUAGUUGUAGAAAGGUAUACGUACUUUCCCUGUAGUAGACGCCAAUUUGGGCUUCCAGGUCCUUCUCUGCUUGAGAUUGACCAUGAUGAGAGAUCAGAAGAUGGAACUUUGGCAUCCUCUUUGGGGGUUAUUGAGAGAAUACAUCAAAACUUUUUCUCCCACCAUUCCUUAGAUGAAGUUGAUGUAAGAAAUAUACUAGCUGCAGAACAGCGGAAGAUUUUGGCUGGCUGUCGUAUUGUAUUUAGCAGGGUGUUUCCAGUUGGCGAAGCCAAUCCUCACCUACAUCCAUUGUGGCAGACAGCUGAACAGUUUGGUGCUGUAUGCACCAAUCAAAUAGAUGAACAGGUUACACAUGUAGUUGCCAAUUCUCUUGGUACCGAUAAGGUGAAUUGGGCUCUUUCUACAGGAAGAUUUGUUGUAUAUCCAGGCUGGGUCGAAGCAUCAGCGUUGCUUUACCGGAGGGCAAAUGAACGAGAUUUUGCCAUUAAACCACAAACAAUCUCCUCCACAUCCCCCGUUGGUUAACUAAAACCUAACAAACAUAAAAUCAAAAGGUGGGAUACCAGGAGAUGGAUAGCGAGCUAAUGCUAGGUAGAAUCAGGCUAGCCAUGAGAAUGUUGGCAUAUUUUUCAGUUCAUGCUAUCCAUCCCUUACAGCUGGCAGCCGCACUUUCCCUUUCAAAGCUUGCCAAAUUGGCUAGUCUCGAACUUUUUCUUUAUUGGGUGGGUUACUAAAUUUAGGGGAAGGGAGUAUCUAUGUGGUCGUUGACCAAGAUGGAUUUGGUUUAGCUGCGACUAAAAUCCCCACUGCGUCAAGAUUUUGGAUCGGAUUGCUUGAGGCCUUGACAAAUGCUGUGAAUCAAUGCAUCGGCCUCUGGGGAACACAGCUGAUUAUUGUUGAGGUUGGGAGAUUCAAAAAAGUAAUACUAAAGGUUAAAAGGUUAAAAACGGUAUGAAAGAUAUACUGACCCCACUGGAGCUUCUUUGAAAUACUUAAUUGUGUGAAAUUUAUGAUACAUAUUGAAACACGGAGACAUUGAGAGGGACACAGAGAGGGGGGGAGAGACCUGAAUGGCAGGGCGAGGACAAAUGGGAUUACUCAUAAUCUCCUUUUGUACAGACAUUUUCGUUGGCUCGUCCUGGUGUGGAGUGCGGAGAGAUUGGUUUGAUAUUUGCAAUACCUGGUUCAUGGAUUCUCUGAUAAAUCUAACGGACUUGGGCGGUUCCCGUUUCCUUACUACACGAUUCGAAGGUAAGUUUAGGCAUCCAACGGAAACAACUAGGCUUGCCGUGAAGAAUACCUCACUGAACAAAUUGAAACGUAUAUAUCUAUCUGUUUUUCUUGUCUCUCUCGUAGGCGGGCCUUUUUUCGUCAUUUUAUUUUAAUUAUGUAUUUUAAUGGUUCAGGGCAUUCCACCCAAUACAAUAAAAUGCGGAGUUUUGGGAA